CCCCAGAAAAUCAUAACAUAUUUCCUUGAUUUCCACUAUGCACAAGGAUAUCCUAUACGGAUACCACUAUCUGUCAAUUUCUUGUUUUAAAACCUUGGUCUAAACGUCGUAAUUUUGGUUCCCUUAGUUUCUUGCUCCAGAAUCUAGUCAGUAUAUAAAUAUAAAUAGUACAACCAUGAAAUUAUACGAACGCAACAAGAAACACAAGUAAAGCAACCUUACAUCAAGCAAUGGCCUCAAACAGCAUAUCUGUGCUCAAUGCUCUUGACAAUGCCAAAACGCAAUGGUAUCAUGUCACUGCAAUUGUCAUUGCUGGAAUGGGUUUUUUCACCGAUGCAUACGAUCUGUUUUGCAUCUCCACCGUGUCCAAACUCUUAGGCCGCCUCUAUUACUACAAGCCCUGGACUGGGGCUCCCGGAAAACUUCCUCACAGCAUCAACAAUUUGGUUAUUGGUGUUGCUCUCGUGGGAACACUAACCGGCCAGCUAUUUUUUGGGUAUCUGGGAGAUAAACUAGGCCGAAAGAAAGUUUAUGGGGUCACUUUAAUUCUAAUGGCCUUUUGUGCCAUCUGCUCGGGCUUAUCAUUUGGAUACAGUCCAAAAGCUGUUAUGGGUACACUUUGUUUCUUCAGAUUCUGGCUUGGCUUUGGCAUUGGAGGUGAUUACCCUCUCUCUGCCACUAUCAUGUCUGAAUACGCCAACAAGAAAACUCGUGGGGCAUUCAUUGCAGCCGUUUUUGCCAUGCAAGGGGUUGGAAUCAUCUUUGCAGGUCUCGUCUCCAUGAUCAUUUCCAAGAUCUUCCUCGACCACUAUGGAGCUCAACCAUUUAAAGAAGAGCAUGUCUUCUCAACCGAGCCGGCGGCCGACUAUGUGUGGAGAAUUGUACUAAUGCUCGGUGCUCUUCCUGCACUCCUCACAUACUACUGGAGGAUGAAAAUGCCCGAAACAGGACGUUACACGGCGCUGAUCGAGGGCAACGCAAAGCAAGCUGCUUCCGACAUGGGCAGGGUUCUUGACAUCGAAAUUCAGGCUGAUCAGGAAAAAAUAACUCAAUUCAACUCAGCUAAUGAGUACAAACUGCUCUCAAACGAGUUCUUCAUCCGCCACGGGCGGCAUUUGGUAGGCACCAUGACUACAUGGUUUCUGUUAGAUAUCGCAUUCUACAGCCAAAACCUCACACAGAAAGACAUUUUCCCGACAAUGGGCCUGACAAACAAAGCCGAAAACGUCAGUGCGCUGCGAGAAAUGUUUGAAACAUCGCGGGCCAUGUUCGUGAUCGCGCUACUGGGCACAUUCCCUGGCUACUGGUUCACAGUAGCCUUCAUUGAGAAAAUUGGGCGUUUUUACAUACAGUUGGUGGGCUUCUUCAUGAUGUCGGUCUUCAUGCUCAUAAUAGGAGUCCAAUACGAUUACCUCAAGAACGAGGACCACAAAUGGACGUUCGCAGCUCUUUACGGGCUGACUUUCUUCUUCGCCAACUUCGGCCCGAACAGCACAACAUUUGUGCUGCCGGCCGAGCUCUUCCCCACGAGAGUUCGGUCGACUUGCCAUGCUCUCAGCGCCGCCUCAGGGAAGGCCGGGGCGAUGGUCGGCGCGUUCGGGAUCCAGAACUACACGCAAGACGGAAACGUGAAGAAGAUCAAGAAAGCGAUGAUCAUGUUAGCCAUUACAAACAUGAUCGGAUUUUUCUGCACUUUCCUGGUGACGGAAACAAAGGGGCGUUCGCUGGAGGAGAUUUCCGGCGAAGAUGGUGGCUACAGCGAGACCCAGAUGACCGAAAAAAGACCUGAAAGCCGGCCCGACAACUGGGAAGAGGAUUCAAGAAAUUAUGGUUAGUGUGGAAGACAAUUGAGGAAUUUCCGGCAGGUCUAUCACUUGGGCUUUGAAGAAGAAAUUGUGUUCAAUGCUUUGCAAGAAGAAAUGAUGAUAAAUAAUAAUAAAUUUGGGGAAGGGUAGCUAAGAAUCAUGAAUGAAUAAGAGCUGGAUAAUCUGGAAAUAAUUUGGUGAUCCUUCAACAAAUUGAGUUUUGUCUUCUUUUUUUAUUUUUUUAUGUAAGAAUGUUGAAAUGUGUUAUAUGGAAUUAAAGUUAUGGAAGCCCCAAUUUUAUUAGGA